AUGUGCUUGGAUGGUGCUUCGUCCGGCAUCAAAAGAAGCGGGUCUCCGUCACAGGGAUCCAACCUACAACAACGCGCAGCCAAGGUUCGCGAUGCACAAGGAUUUCGACUUCGUCAACAGGAAAGAGAUAAAUCCGAAAAGACGGCAUUUGAUCAGAUGGGAGGGUCGAAUGGAGAAGACGCUUCUUUGGUCGAGGGAAAGACCAUUGCGGAGGAGGAAGCAGAGGGUGCCAAGUACAUAAUCGAUGGCAAGUUGAGAAGAGUCACUCCUUAUUAUUUCACGUAUAUGACCUACUGUAAAUUACGUUGGAGAGAUCGGACACUAAUAGAUAUAUUCACCGACGAAUUUAGGGAUAGAACUCCAGAAGCAUAUAAAAAGGCAAUUGAAAGUGGCAUGGUUAGUAUCAAUUCGAAACCCGCCAACUUGGAAACCAUUGUUCGAAAUGGUGAUUUAAUCAGCCACAGAGGGUUCAGACGUGAGCCACCGGUGAAUUCCGCCCCGGUCAAGAUCGUGUAUGAGAACGACCAACUACUUGUUAUUGAUAAACCAUCAGGCAUACCUGUACACCCCACUGGUCGAUACCGGUACAAUACGAUUACGAAAAUUUUACAACACGAUAUGGGUAAGACUGUGCACCCUUGUAAUCGGUUGGAUAGGUUGACUUCCGGGUUGAUGUUUUUGGGUAAGACUGCACAGGGGUCUAAUGACUUUAUGAAACAGAUUCGGGAUAGAAAUGUGUCCAAGGAGUAUAUUGCUAGAGUGAAGGGGGAGUUCCCAGUAGAAGACUGCACUAUAGACAAGCCUUUGUAUACUUUGAGUCCGAAGCAUACUUUGAAUGUUGUUGAUGAAGAAAAGGGUAAGGAGGCGGUUACUGAAUUCAAGCGCAUCUCUUAUGAUCCUGUUACAAAUACCAGCGUGGUCAAAUGUCAUCCCUUGACUGGCAGAACGCAUCAGAUUAGAGUUCAUUUGCAAUAUAUUGGCCAUCCAAUAGCCAAUGACCCGAUAUACUCAAACCCGUACGUCUGGGGAGACCAGCUCGGAAUCGGCGGCAAGGCAAAGUAUGAUGACGUGAUUUCGAGAUUGGACUCGAUUGGUAAAACUAGGGCAGCAUCCAGUUGGAUACACCCAGAGGAAGAUGGAGAGGUUCUUUCCAACGAAAUAUGUCCUCACACCGGGUUACCCUUGUAUACGGACCCCGGUUUCAACGAUCUCGAGCUCUGGCUACAUGCAUAUUCCUACAGUGCCGAUGAUGGUUCCUGGUCUUACAAAACUGAAUAUCCCGAAUGGUCACUCGAGAGUAGUCGAAAGUAUAUGCUUCAAGCGUUAAAAGAGGCCAACAAAUGUGGAGAGACGCAGACUCAAUUCAAUGUCGGGUGUAUCAUUGUUCACAAUGGAAAAGUUCUCUCCACUGGACAUUCAAGAGAACUCGAAGGCAACACACAUGCUGAGCAAUGUGCGUUGGAAAAGUAUUUCGAACAAACUGGGAAAAGAGAAGUUCCCUUGGGAACCGAACUUUUCACAACGAUGGAACCUUGCUCUUUCCGCUUAAGUGGCAAUGCCCCUUGUGUUGAGAGGAUAUUGGAAACACCUGGAAUCAAAACGUGUUUUGUGGGAGUUGUUGAACCGGACGUUUUUGUAAAAGAUAAUACAUCUUACAAGAUUCUUACUGAUUCCAGUAUAGCAUACGUGCAUAUACCCGGAUACGAGGAUGAGUGUUUGGAGAUUGCCAAGAAGGGCCAUGAUAAAGUUGUUACAUAG